UGCUUCGAUGAAAAAUUUGAUUGACCCAAAACUGGCUGAAGAAGAAGCAAUUGAGUGAGGCAAGUGAAGUAUUCCCUGCGGCUCCCCAUUCAACGCAAAACAGCAGCAACAAAAAAGAAUUAAUAAAACGCGGGGGUGGAUUUUGAAUGUGUUUGUUGGUGGUCGGUCGCUAGCUGGUCGGUCACACGCAGUGCGACAAAAAGCCGCCGCCCGCAGCGUUUUCAUAUACCAUAAUAUUACACACACACAUACAUAUAUGCCGCAUUACCAAAGCUUCUGCCGCCAAUGCCGUCGACGACCAGCCAGGCCAGUAGUCACAUAAUUCAAGCAAGAAUACUGACAAAAGUUAAUGCCCAGAAGCAGCAGGAGCAGCACCAAUAGCAACAACAACAACAAUAAUAACAGCAACAACGACAGAAGCCGCAAUGAUAACCAACAAUAAUUUGGAUUAUGACAAGAGAGGAAUGAGAGGAGGAAUGGUUGGAGGAGUGGGUGGUGUUGGUGGUGUGGACAGCGCCAGCAGCAGUAAUAACUCCUCACCCACAGCAGAUACAUCGAAUUCCAAUACCAACUCGAAUUCAAAUUCAUCUUCCUCAUCAACAAAUCAUUCGCAUUCAUAUUUCAAUCGAUUUGAUAAUCGCAUUGCGGCCAAUUUGGCUGCUGUACUGACUGGAGCCGGUUCACGUUUUCGAUCCUCAUCGAAUGAUAAUGCCAGCAGGACGAGAGCUAAAGCCACAGCGACGACAAACACAACAACAACAACAGCAAUAGGAUCAGGAACAGCAUCGACAAUUAUAACUACACCACAAAUGGGCCGUCGUCGUCCUUUACAACUAUUUUCACAGGCGAAUUUCAACUGCAAUGACAAUGAGAAGGUGGCCCAAACUCCCAGUUCGGAUGAGGAUAAUUCACCAACUGAACUGAAUAAUUGCAAGCGCCUAACGGAUAAGCCGCCAUUGGUCAAACGUCUAACCAUGGGUCUACUACGUCACAACGAAGAGUCACGCCCAUUGGUGGCUAAUGUGAUGCCCUUAAGCGCAGCAUUGCUGCAGUUGAAGAACGAGGAGAGCCAUCCCAUGUACUCGAAUGGUUAUAUCAAUGAGGACUCUUAUAUUGAUAGCAAAUUUGGUGAUUCAUGUCGCCAGUCCUUGACAGCCAUUCCCAUGCUGGACAAUGUCAAUUUGAACGAUAAUAAUGAAUUCAAUCUAAAGAAACGUUAUCUCCGAGAGACUAGUAGCGCCAAUUCAAGUCCCAAAAUUUUUGCCAAUCGCUUGAGAAUAAAUAAUGCUUUAGCAUCGGGAACAGGAGCCACCGCUCAGCGUAGCAACAGCUUAGCCAAUACCCACUGCAAUACGGCAACAGAUGACGAAGAGGAAGCUGAUCUUAAGGAUGCUUGCUGGUAUCAGGCUGGCAUAUCGCGAGACAUUGCCAUCGAAGUGUUGCAAAGCAAAAGUCCCGGAGCAUUUCUAGUACGAAAGAGUAGCUCCAAGCCGGGAUGUUAUGCUCUGACCUUACGUGUACCCUCACCACCAGGACCCAAGAUAGCCAACUAUAUCAUAUUACGUUCCCCCCGAGGCUAUAAAAUUAAGGGUUUUCGCAAGGAAUUCUCCAGUUUGAAGGCGUUGAUUACUCACCAUUCGGUUAUGCCCGAACUAUUGCCCGUCCCCUUGGCCAUGCCACGUCCCACCAAUAUGUCCUCGUCGCGUCGUAAUUUAGAUGACUUUGAUACCUACGAUUCACUGCAAAUGCUAUUGAAAUAUCUAAGAGCUAAGAAUCUGGAAACUGAACAGCAACAGCAACCACAGUAAUAUCUCAGUAGCGAUAUGUAUAUGUAUUAAACUUGUAGCACAAAAUUUGCAAAAAAAAAAAAAAACAAAAAAAGCGAAAUAAUUUUGCUUCAAAUAUUUACUCUAACUAUGUAUA